AAGUUCGUCGUCCUGAAAAAGCCUUGGCAACCGUCUCAUUUAGUGAUCAAAAUUGACGCCGAGAAAUCAGCUUGUCAACGUGUUAGCUCAAAUAAGAAACGGAAGCCCUUAAACAGCCGCACACAUGUCCGAGAAACAAACGAGAAAUGUGAGAAUGCAUCAAGCAAAUGCUCUUAUUCUCCCAAUUAUCGAAUAUCUCAAGGAUGGCGAAUUGCAAGCUGUCAUUUUGGCAGGACUUUGUGGAAUUGGUGCAUGGGUUGUAAUUUCAACGAUAUUAAAAGUAAUUUUUUGGAUGCUUUGGCCACUUUUGCUAAUCUGCGGAAUUCUGAGUUUAAUGCCUUCCUGGCGAGCGACCAUCGCCAAUGAUUACGUACCCGCCCACAUAGAAGCCUUAAAAGUCCUGGGGCGCAGAAUAACAGGAAAUAUUUCCUAUAUCAUCGACAAAUAAUAUAUAAUGUAAAUACUGAAGGGCUGUGUUCCCAGAAAUAAAAAACAUA